AGAGAGAGAGAGAGAGACCAAGAAGAAGAUGACGCAACCUGAGCAUUAGCCUCGCCGAAAAAGGAGUCGCAGUCACCACCGGCCAGUCAGCAACUGGGGGAACCAAUGGAGCUAAGAGAAGCAACAUGAGCAUGGUGAGGAAGAGGACCAGCCUGAACUGAAGAAGAAGCACGCACGAUGCUUGCACGCAACCAAGCCCAUCGCCUUACCUUCCCCUUCCGCCGGCUAUAUUACUCGAUCUCCGCAGGCGCUGCUGUGGCAUUCGCUCAUACAUCUCAAGCUACUGUGCGAGUGACGCCAUCGAUCGGGUACAAACAAUGGCCUCUGGCGGCAAGGGCCUGUUGACCGGUUCGUUCCUGCGAGCGGCGGCGCUCGGGCUGGUUGUCCUGGCGUCGGCGGCGCCGGUGGCUCGGUCGUGGAGCAAGGAGGGGCACAUGCUGACAUGCCAAAUCGCGCAGGAUCUGCUGGAGCCUGACGCCGCGCACGCCGUGAGGAACCUGCUCCCGGAGGACGUGGGCGGCGACCUGUCGGCGCUGUGCGUGUGGCCGGACCAGGUCAGGCACUGGUACAAGUACACGUGGAGCGGCCCGCUCCACUUCAUCGACACCCCUGACAAGGCCUGCACCUUCGACUACGCAAGGGACUGCCACGGCCCCGAUGGCGCCAAGGACAUGUGCGUCGCCGGCGCCAUCGCCAACUUCACGUCCCAGCUGCUCCACUACAAGCACGGCAGCGCCGACCGGAAGUGUAAGCAGAGCAGGAUGUUUAGUUGUGUACCUCAACCAAUGGUUCUGUAUCUUUACGUGUUCCAACCACUUUCUGAUUGCAAUGCAGACAACUUGACCGAAGCCCUUCUGUUCCUGUCACACUUCAUGGGAGAUGUUCAUCAGCCGAUGCAUGUGGGGUUCACGAGCGACCAAGGCGGUAAUUCCAUAGACCUGCGGUGGUUCAGGCACAAAUCCAACCUCCAUCACGUGUGGGACAGGGAGAUCAUACAGACAGCUCUCGCUGAAUUCUACGACAAGGACAUGGGCACCUUCCGGAAGCAGCUUGAGCACAACCUUACCAAGGGUACCUGGUCUGACGAUGUAACAUCUUGGGGAGACUGCGAGGACCUUCUGUCGUGCCCAACCAAGUACGCCACGGAGAGCAUAAGCUUGGCGUGCAAGUGGGCCUACAGCGGCGUCCAUGAAGGGGAAACCCUAUCCGAUGACUACUUCGGUUCGAGGCUGCCGAUCGUGUCGCGGCGGAUCGCGCAGGGGGGAGUGAGGCUGGCCAUGUUCCUCAACCGGAUCUUCGGCCAGCACAACCGCGACGUGGCGGCGCCAUCCUGACCGACGCCGGCGGCUGCAAUUUACUUAGAAUCUGAAGCCACACGCCCAUACUCUGUAAUCUGACGGCUCUCCUGCAUCUAAUAUAUGCUAAUAAUCCCGUGUUACGUGACGUGCAGUGUAUUUGAUUUGUGAUAGACUAGCAGCUUCUGCAGGAUGAUUGAUCUUAUGUAUAUGAUGAACAACAAAUCUGAACGAGA